CCUACCAGUGCACAGUGCCCUACCAUUCAUACAAAGCUAGCUCCUCUUGGGUUUAUGGGCAUUUGAGCUCGUUUAUUAGUAGUAUUAACUUUUAAAACAAAAUGGCAUUGCUAACGCCAUUAUUUGCGUUUCUUUACCACUUGCCACAGGUUUAUAAAUGGCUACUAAAACCGUAUUACAUAGCAUCCUUGUUCAUGUCAAUAGCAUUUUUAGCUGUACGCAAGACCCCUGGCAUCUGCGACCAUCUGUCUACACAACGAGAGGAUGGCAACCCCUGCGACUUCGACUGGAGGGAAGUUGAAAUCCUGAUGUUCCUGAGUGCAAUAGUCAUGAUGAAAAAUCGACGAGCAAUCACGGUGGAGCAGCACGUUGGGAACAUCAUCCUCUUCAGUAAAGUGGCCAACGUCAUUCUGUUCUUCAGAUUGGACAUCCGAAUGGGACUUCUCUAUCUCACUCUCUGCUUAGUGUUCUUGAUGACCUGUAAGCCUCCUCUUUACAUGGGCCCAGAGUACAUCAAGUACUUCAGUGACAAAACCAUUGAUGACGAGUUGGAGAAAGAUGGCCGCGUCACUUGGAUUGUGGAGUUUUUUGCCAAUUGGUCUCCGGAGUGCCAGUCCUUUGCUUCAGUGUAUGCAGAUCUGUCCCUCAAGUAUAACUGCGCUGGUCUCAAGUUUGGAAAAGUAGACAUUGGGCGAUAUGGGGAAGUAUCUAAAAGAUACAAGGUGUCCACAUCCCCCCUGUCCAAGCAGCUGCCCUCUCUGGUGCUGUUUCAGGGAGGAAAGGAAAUCAUGCGACGCCCCCAGGUAGACAAGAAGGGGCGAGCAGUGUCAUGGUCCUUCACUGAGGAGAACAUCAUCAGAGAAUUCAACUUGAACGAACUUUACCAAAAAUCCAAAAAGCUCAACAAAAAAGGCGAGAAGGCAAAUCUGUCCACGUUCGCUCCUGUCCCAGAGGAGGAGGAACCGGAGCAGCAGACCACAGAUGCCCAAAACGAGGAGCCCGAAUCCAAGAAGGACAAAUAAUUCAAAAUGGCCGCCAUGUUCUCUCCCAGCUUUUGUGUUAUAUUCUCUACACUCCAGACUGGCUCUAUGGUAAAUUUAAAGAACAUAUAUUAUGAAUCUUGUGGCUUUAAUUACCUUUAAACCUGCUUUUGGUCCCUUUAAGAUUAGCGUUUCACAUUUUCUAACUUAAUAAUGUGAAAAUCUCACCUGUUUCAAAUUAGGUAUUUAGGUGUUCAGCAGGGGGAAUGAGCAGUCAGAAAGUAAGUAAAUGAAGCCCGUAAGCCCCUUGAAUGGUAUGCUAAUAGAGCCAUGUGUUUGUUGUGAAAAUAAUUUAACAGCAAAAUUAAUACGGUUAGGGUUUAUGGGCUUAAAAACUGCACAGUAGUAGUCAUCUUUUUACCUGUGAUGCAGCAAUCUGGACAAAAUACGAACUGAACUGAUUUUUGAGUGCUCAAAGAAGAUGACUCUGGAUUAAUAAAGUAAUGAAACAAACAAGUGUAUGUAACAACAUUAUAACUCCAGGCAUGUUUUAAAUGAGGGGGCAACAAUAUGGUUAAAGGCUCAAAAAAGUCAAUUUUGCAUAAUAUGUGGUCUUUAAUAUGUAACAUCAGAAAUAGUAAGGGCCCUUGAAGAAGAAUUGCAUGGAGUAAAUUAAUUGCAUAAAGUUUGGGAUGGACUGAAGUGACUGCUAAAAGUUGGAGAGGAGAGGUAGAAAUGUACUAAUUGACAAAGGAGGCAUAUAAAGUGCUGCUAUUUUUUAUUUUUUCCAUUAUUUUUAUCAAACUAAUUUAAUUCAACAGUCGCAAUAUAGAUUAACUGCAAGUAAUGUGAAUAAUAUUGGUUAAUGGUACAUUCCAGUUUGUAAUUUUUUUUAUGCAAUUGGAUACUAAUUUGCCUUCAAGUGGUCCCCAUGGGCUGUGUUAAUGUUGCUUUGAAUCAUCAUUUAAUUGUAAUUUUUAUAUCUUAUGAUUGUUGUUGUUGGAACGUCUUUUUGAUUUUAUUUAAGCUUUACUCUCAAAAGUUAAUAUCUCCAUAAAAAGAAAUGCAUCUUGUAACAAACUACAACAUUUCAAAAUUUAAGAUUUUGAUUUUUUUUUGUCUUCUAACAAAUCUAUAUUUGUGUGUUUUCUUCUUGCAGUGUGAUGCAGUUAUACUUUUUUAUUUAUUUCAGAACAUCUAAUAAAUAAUUUUAGAAGGAGCAGUAGGUGUCUUUACAGCCCUCCAGAGCACGAGAACGGAUGAAUUAACAUAGUCUAAGUCAAAAGAGGUAAAAUGUCGUUUUGUAUUAUACAAUAUGGAACAUUUAAAUCCAAGGUAGAAAAGUAUUUCUUUUAAAUCUUUGUCAGUCACUUUCCACGGGCCACUUGAGAGCAGCAUAGCUUAAUCUUUUGUUUUAAGUCAGUCUUUGCCAAUUCUUCUGAUUUUUGUUUCUGUUUUGAAUCAUUACUACUUUGUUCUAUAUUACCUACAUAACAUCAGUUAUGGUCAGUAUUUUUAGAGCUUUUGUCACUGGACCAAUUCUGUUUUUAUGGUUCAAUAUUUUGCUUGUUGUUACAGACUUCCAUGUUUGUUUUCCUAUUUUCUGUCACUAGUUUUAACACUGUUUAAUUCAAAUGUCUUGGUAUGAUACAGAGACUGAACCAAAUGUGUCCAUGCAUUUCUACAAUACAAAAUAUUUCAUGUUUAAGCACUGACUGGCCAUUUGUUGCUGUAUUUUAACAUUGACCUCCAUAGAAUGCAUUAAAUGUGACACAUGAACAACUGCUGUAUGUACAGACCUGGGUCAGUUACUACCCAGUAACAUGUUUUUUGUUGAACUUUCUUGCAAUAUGAUUAAAUUACUUAUGCAACCUAGA